AUGCCUCCACAGCCGCAGCCGCUCAGUCGUUGGCCACACAACUUCGACGACAAAUACGUAUUCAAGCGUCUUGACAUACUAUACAGCCCCACCGACCAACAGCUCCUCCACGAUCUAGCACAAGAAGUCUACGACAUCGUCGCGCUCGACGCUCUGAACAAUGGCCGAGUCCUCGUCAACGUUUUCCGGUCAAGUGCGUCGCGCGAUAAAAUGCUAAUUGAGUGGCGCAAGCGACUGCCGAGAUUACCAGCCGCUACUCUAGCCCACGUAACGGACCACACUCUUCUAUGCGGAGCGCUGUAUAAAUACCUGAAUUGCAUCCAAGACGAGUUGCAGACGGAAUUUGACAGACGGCAGAAUCCACUGGCAGAACAGACAGGGGGAGAGAAGACCGCAGCACAGCCCGUGCAGAGGGGAGUAUCCAAGUCCGUACAGCAUUCCAUCGAGGUAUCUGAACAGCAGGUAGAAGAGCAACUAGAAGGAGAACUAGCACAUCAACUAGCACAGCAAUCAUCACCCCAACCAGAACAGCCACCAGCAGAGCAGCAACCGCAACAGCCAGCAAGGUCCGCCCAAAGAAACCCAGACCGACAAAACAAAUUCGACUACGGCCGGCCGUACAUAGUCCCCAACGGCGACGUGCAGAUAAUCCGCGCAGACCACCCUGACAUGCCACUCGCAAUGCGAGUAAGCGACUUCCUAACCGACAAAGUAAAUCCACAAGAUACCUGCCCAGACGGAGACUGGAUCAACAUCGCGAACAUCCAAUUCGAGCUCUUCAAACAGAACCUCACGCGGGAAGGCUAUCUACGAGACAGGGAAACAAUCUGGCUAAGCCAUCUCUCCCUAGACCAAAUCGAUCCUGCGAACGUUGCUAACCCACAGAUUGGCGAGGUGCGGAUGGCCGCGUUGAAUUUCGCAUCUACGAUUGUGCGGACUAUUCGCGAGUAUUGGCCUAGACUGCGGAACCCGUCUCCGGAUCCGUUUCGGGGUGAUAGGCGCUCGCCGUUGCCUAGGCCUAAUAUGACGAUUAUUAUUCGGACUGGUGUUAUUAAAGGUGGUGCCCUAACCCCUAAACAGCCAGCAUUGGCUCGUCCAACCGAGAAAAUGGGUAGUAACGCGAUUGCGCAUAACCGCCGUUCUGAACAGGUAGCCCGAUACGCGGCCGAAAGACACGCCAAGACGAAACGGAAGAGGGCGGAGGCGGAGGCGGAAGCAGGCGCAGGCGCAGGCGCAGGAGCAAAUACCGAAGCGGAAACCGGAGCAGAAAAUGAGGCUGCGACGAAUGCCCCAGUAACCCGCAAAAGAAGGAUAACGAGAACACGCAAGACGGCCGUGACGUCCGCGACUGGCACUGACUCUGCUCGUGAAUCGGACGAUGACAUUGAUUCGGCGGGCCCUGAGUUCUCUGAUACUAACUACACCCCUGCUCCUACCCGUGCCCCUGUCCCUCUCCCUACCCUUGCCCUUGCUCCUGCUCCUGUCCCUGCGGCUGUACCUGUACCUGUAUCUGCUCCCGCUGGGGAACAACUCCUGGGGGAUGUUGGCGAUCCUAUGCUUGGCGUUUUGGAUACUGAGAUGUUUAAUGAAGAAGGACUGGUGGGUGAUAGUGGUGGUGCUUUACAGGCGUUCUUUGAGGGGAACCACUGGGUUGGAGAUCCGAUGGAUGGGGUUGAAAGGAGUAAUGAGGGAACGAGGUAA